AUGGCGGCGGUCCUCGAAAGGAGUUUUAUAGAGAUAUGUGGGUUUGAGAGGGAAACCCUACCAAGAUUCCGGGAGAUAACUGUAAACCUAGGUAAACCUUUAUGAAUAUUAAAAUAUUGUUCCGCAUUGUAUUUACUGAUAUGAAAGGUUUUUGUGACAAACGCUGUAAUGAGGUCGUGAGUGACUCACGAUUAGCGCCGCUAACGCGCUAGCUAAAUGGGUUAGUUAGCUAGCUAGCUACUGACAUCAUGCAGCUGGCAUGUGGUCUGGGCUAAUAAGCUAGCUAGCUAGCUAGCUAGCUAGCUAACAAGUAAGAUAACGGUGUCCUCCAAUUUAUAGCUAGAUACCCCGCUUAUAUACACCUUACGCCGAAAUGAUUGUAAAUUAUCCGUAUCCUCGCGCAUAAACAGUUUGUUAGCUACCGUUAGCUAGCUAACUAACCGCUUUUGACUACGGUCUGUAGUACUGUAGCGAUGGCUUCCAGUUUCUGAAAGGCAAUGUUAAACUUUUGGUUUUAUAUUGACAUGUGUUCGUCCAGUCUAGGAUAUGUAUAGCUAAAUGCUUUUUUGAUUCCUCAUUCAUUGACCGCUAACGUUAGCAACCUUUAGUUAUUGGACACAGAAAGUUGUUGGUCAGUCUGGACUCUGGCACGGUCCCAACAAACCUAGCAAGUUGUUUAACCACCUGUCCGUGUCAGACCAAAACAGUUUGAGACUGUCAACAAGCAAAGCCACUAUGCGACAGAUUCUAUUGGAACUGACCAGAUGUCAUGUAUGGUUUCUCAACAGGUUUGAAUGCUUUUCCUGGUGGUGUAAAAUACCCAGACAGCGCAGGAGGCUUUCAUUAUGAGGAGAGUGGAAAGCUCCUGUCCAUCACUAGCAACAGAUGCAUACACUGGUGAGUUGUGCUACAUAUGUAUAUAGGUAACUGCCAAAAUAAAAGAAACACUUGAGUAAAUGAGGGAUCCAAAGUAUAUUGAAAGUUUUCACACAGGUGUGGUUCCUGAGUUAAUUAAUCAGUUAAUAUCCCAUCAUGUAUAAAAAUGGCCAUUACUUUGGCUACCAUGGCUAGAAGAAGAGAUCUCUGACUUUGAAAGAGGGGUCUCAAAGGAGUAUAGGGGGUUUAAAGGGUGUGUGUGUCUCAGUCACCAGAUCUCAACCCAAUUGAACCCAUAUUGGAGAUUCUGGAGCGGUGCCUGAGACUGCGUUUUCCACCACCAAUCACAAAAUACCAAAAUUAUGGAAUUUCCCAUGGAAGAAGGGUGUCGCAUCCCUCCAUUAGAGCUCCAGACACUUGUAGAAUCUUUGCCAAGGCGCAUUGAAGCUGUUGUGGCGGCUCACAGUGGCACAACGCCUUAUUAUGACACUUUAUGUUGGUGUGUAUUUUGGCAGUUGUCUGAAUGUUCUUAUCAUAUACUUCUUCUGUUACUGUUCUCUCAGUUUUUUGUUCUUUUAAAUCAACGCAGGUAUGUUGUCAAUUUAUAGCCAGACUGUGUUCUAUAGUCUUGCCAGACUCUGUCCUAGACCAGUCUUGGGGGACCACUGUACGUGACACGGGUUCUAUCACACAGUUUCCAGACUGAGAAGCCGUAUGAUGCAGCUGGCACUGGCCCAGGCUAGCCAUCAUGUGUCAAUACAGAUUUAAUUUGACAUGUAAAACACACACAGCUUCCUGAGGCCUGUAUUGGAAUUGCUGUCUCAUCUAUGUCCUCUCUCCAGGUCCACCUCCGGGGACACAGUUCAGCUAGUAGAGCAGUCUCUGGACACCAACCUACUGAACAAUGCUGUUAAACUCAAGAUCACACACUGCCUCCUGCUGCCUGGAGGUGUACACAUCCAGGAGACCCUCAACAAUGUCAUCAUCCUCAUUGUCACCAAUCAGACCGUGCACCGGCUGGUGCUGCCACACCCCACACGCAUGUACCGCAGUGUAAGUCCCUCUUUUUAGGAAGCUUCUGAACCAUAAUGCAUGGAAAGUAUGUCCGACGCAGGGGUGUAGUGGAGUGGGGAAAAUGAUUUGUGAGAAACAUUCUAUGUUUUUAUUUGGUUGACAGUGCAGCACAACCCUAGGCCCUCCCUCAACACACUGUGUUGUAAGCAAACAAGAAAAUGCACAUCCAGAGGCGGCGCUUCUCGUGGCCGGUGAUUUUAAUGCAGGGAAACUUAAAUCCAUUUUACCUCAUUUUUACCAGCAUGUCACCUGUGCGACUAGAGGUGACAACUCUUGAUCACCUUUACUCCACACACAGAAACGCUACAAGCAAUAACUCAAACGGGAAGUACCAGUGACGUGCUCAAUACGGAAGUGGUCAGAUGAAGCGGAUGCUAAGCUAUAGGACUGUUUCGUUAGCACAGACUGGAAUAUGUUCUGGGAUUAAUCUGAUAACAUUGAGGAGUUUACCAUAUCGAUCACCGGCUUCAUUAAUAAGUUCAUCGACGAUGUCGUUCCCACAAUGACCGUACGUACAUAUCCCAACCAGAAGCCAUGGAUUACAGGCAACAGCUGCCGCUAUCAAGGAUAAGGAUUAAUCCAGACGCUUCUAAGGAAUCCUGCUACGACCGCCGACGAGCCAUUAAACAGGAACGCGUUAAUACAGGACUAAGAUCAAAUCCUACUAUGCCGGCUCUGACGCUCACAGAUUACAAAGGGAAACCCAGCCAUGAGCUGCCCAGUAACGUGAGCCUACCAGACAAGCUAAAUGCCUUCUAAGCUCACUUUGAGGCUAGCAACACUGAACCAUGCUUGAGAGCACCAGCUGUUCCGGACGACUGUGUGAUCUCGCUCUCCGUAACCGAUUUGAGUAAGACCUUUAAACAGGCUAACAUUCACAAGGCUUCGGGGCCAGACUGAGUACCCUGACGCGUACUCGGAUCAUGCGCUGAUCAUCUUGCAAGUGUCUUCACUGACAUUUCAACCUCUCCCUGACCCAGUCUAUAAUGCCUACAUUUUUUUUGUAGGGUUGUCAUAAUACCCACAUUUUUACUUCGAUACCAGGUUUAGUAUCACGAUACAAUCACUUAAAUCGAUACCACGGUAAAAAAAGAAGGCAUAUUAGCCAAAGUCACAGAAUGGCACUUGAUCCAGACGGAUAAACUCAGCUACUGCUCUGUUCAAUCAUUGGUAAUCAUUUGAGUUCAAUAUGUCAUAACAUAAUUUUUGUAUGUAAAUGAUUUUCAGACAGCCAUGUAUGCAUUCAUUGUACAAUCAUAAAAUCAAUUUGACUUAGAUUGGUAAAACUAACUGUAUAACUUAAUGGUAAUAAUUUGAGUGGUAAAUCUCUUGAUAAAAUGGGUAAAUUAAGACGUAGCCUAGGCCUAUUCACAAUACAGGUGAAUGCAUGUGUGUGUAUGCAUGCAUUGAGUUAUUGAGUUUCUUUUGGCUGAUGUCAUCUGUAGCCCCAUGAAAAUCUGUAACCCUUCCAUUUGGGACUUAUUUCAUUGUGCUGAUCAACAACAUUUGCAUAGAAGUAGCUUAUUUUAUAAAAGUGCGCGCUGUCUCUUUAACCAGUAAUGUUGUCAAUCACGAGGCAAGAGGGGGGCAGCCAGUUGGUGCCCUAUUCACAGUCAGUUAGCUGAGGCGAUAGAUCAUCUUUGGGAGAGAUGAGCGGGAGAGAGACCAAUUUUAAGUGAAUUAAAAAGUGAUGGUGGCAAUCAGUUUUGAAAUCAGCAUAUUUUGCAUUAUGGUUUGCAUAUUAUCUCAAACAAAGUACUAGGGGUAGUGAAUUGAUGUUGGCUUCAGCUGUAAGCUAGAAAGGAAAGUUGGCCUACAAAGCUGAAAGCUACCGACAUCUUGCAUUAUAAGGUGUUCUAGCCUGUAUGGACAUUGUUUUGAGAACAGUAAUGAACAGUUUCAAAAUUUCUACAUGCUGUGUCGCAUUAUUCAAGUGUGUGACCUUCUGUGCAGCAUGAGGGGAGGUAACAUGAUGCUGCCCAGACUCCAAGUGCAGGUUAAGUGGAGCAGGCACGUUGCUCUAUAAGUGGGGAAUUGGCUGCGCUGAUAGACUUGAUCCGUGAGACACAUUUGACAGAAGUACCGAAACUAACAGAUUUGAGUACCAAACUGUUUUUCAUGUUCUAGUAUCCAAAAGUACCGACGUUUUGGUAUCCUGUUCAACACUAAUUUCAAGCAGACCACAGUAGUACCUGUGCCCAAGAACGCCAAGGUAACCUGUCUAAAUGACUACAGCCCCAUAGCACUCACAUCUGUAGCCAUGAAAUGGUUUGAGAGGCUGGUCAUGGCUCACAUCAACACAAUCAUCCCAGACGCCCUGUACCCACUCCAAUUCGCAUACUGCCCCAACAGGUCCACAGAUGACACAAUCUUUAUUGCACUCCACGCUGCCCUCUCCCACCUGGAUAAGAGGAACACCUAUGUGAGAAUGUUGUUCAUUGACUACUGCUCAGCGUUAAACACCAUAGUGCUCUCAAAGCUCAGGACCCAGGGACAGAAAACCUCCCUCUGCAAUUGGAUCUUGGACUUCCUGAUGGGCCGUCCCCAGUUGGUGAGGGUAGGUAACAACAACCCAUCCGCCACGCUGACCCUCUACACAGGGGACCCUCGGGGACGAUGAGUCGGUCUAUAGGGAGGAGGUUAGUGACCUGGCAAUGUGGUGCCAGCCCAGGACAACAACCUCUCCCUCAACGUCAGCAAGACAAAGGAGCUGAUCAUGGACUACAGGAAACGGAGGGCCGAGCACGCCCCCAUCCACAUCAAUGGGGCUGUAGUGGAGUGUACGGCCCAGUGCAUCACUGGGGCAGAGCUCCCUGCCAUCCUGGACCUCUAUACCAGGCGGUGUCAGAGGAAGGCCUUAAAAAUAGACUCCAGCAACCCAAGUCAGACUGUUCUCUCUGCUACCGCACGGCAAGCGGUACCAAUGCACCAAGUCUGGAACCAAUAGGACCCUGAACAGCUAAAUAGUUAACCAACUAGCUACCCAUAUCUGCAUUGAUUCCCUUUGCACAAACUCUUGACUCAUCACAUUGCUACUGCUUAUUAUAUCUAUCCGUGUGAAUCAAACCCACAUCCCUGCCGGCCAAACCCUCCCCUACCUAUAUGUACAUAUCUAUCUCAAUUACCUUGUACCCCUGCACAUCGAUUCGGUACUGGUACCCUGUGUGUAUAUAGCUAAGUUAUCGUUACUCAUUGUGUAUUUAUUCCUCGUGUUAUGUUUCGAUUUUUCUCUCUGCAUUGGUGAAAAGGGCCUGUAAGUAAGCAUUUCCCGGUUAGUCUACACCUGUUUACGAAGCAUGUGACAAAUAACAUUUGAUUUGUAUACAAAUAUGCUUUCUCCUUCCUCACCUCUCUUCUACAGGAGCUGGUGACAGAGCUCCAGAUGCAAUCCAUCUUCACAGACGUGGGGAAGCUGAGUCUGCAGGACCCAGCCCACAGCGCAGUGAUCCCCAGCCCCGUAGGCCAGACAGCAGGCCCCACUGCCUCAGCAGCCUGGCUCAGCCACCAGGGAGAGGCACACUAUGCCCUGGCAUCACCUGCUGGCGGCAUCCUGGUCAUCACACUGCCCCCACACGAUACACAGGGUAGCGUGACCGUUCUGGAGCUGAAGAGGAGCUCUGUGAUGCAGAGACUGGCUGGCUGGAUGCCAACUGCAAUCAGGUUAAAAAUCAUGUUGUUUUUGUCCAUGAAUAGGUUGAGUCUGGGUCCGUGCAAUCGCCCCCAUUGUGUAAACCAACCCUGGUUCUAUUGUUUGUGUGUGUAACCCUCCCUGUGCUCCUGUGUCCCGUCCAGAGGUGAGCAGAGUCCUGGGGACUUGGCCCUGAGUCUGGCAGUAAGGGAACUGGAGGACGACACCUUCAUUUUCGCUCUAUGUCAGGACCAUAAACUACGCAUGUGGUCCUAUAGGGUCAGUCCCACAGAUACUGUUCUAUUUAAGCCUGUGGUCAGUCUGCAUUAGCAGCAGUUCAGAAGCAUGCCUGUAUGUUAAGUGCCAAGAAAUGUCAUUUAGAGGAAGGAUGUUAAACUUAAUAUUUCAUUUGGAUGUAAAAGUAGGCCUAAUUGAUACAUUUACAUUUUAGUCAAAUGAUGUAAAUGUAAAUGUAAAUUUAGCAGACGCUCUUAUCCAGAGCGACUUACAGUUAGUGAGUGCAUACAUUUUUCAUACUGGCCCCCCCGUGGGAAACGAACCCACAACCCUGGCGUUGCAAGCGCCAUGCUCUACCAACUGAACUACAGGGGACUACAAAAGUUUUACCUACAAAAGUUUUUGCUAACAUGGGAUGUCCCUCCUUCAUCUUCUCCCUCCCUCCCUCUACAGGACCAGGUGUGCCUGAUGGAGACUGACAUGUUGGAGUACAUGCCAGCGUGCCGUGGCGUGAAGGGUUCCCCAGGGCAGGGCCAUCGGCUGCGGCUAGCCUUCUCCUCCUCCACGGGGCUGUGUCUGGCCAUAUACCUGGCCGUACCUUCCAGGGGACAGUUCACUGUGCUGCAGCUGGUGGCAACCGACAACAACCGCUACAGCCUCGACCACAUCUCCUCGCUGUUCGCCACACAGGUACGUGGAGGGAGGCGGGUUGAUUCUGUUGGUGUGAGACAGAGAGUAGAGAUGCUGUCUUUGGAUAUUCGUGUUUUUUUUUUUUUGCUGAUGUGGCUGUAAUGUGGUGUGUGUGUGUUAGGUAUCUAUCUAUCUAUGGUAAUAUUUUAGAAGGAAAAUCUCAUCAGUAAUGGACUGUGUUUUUGACUGCUGACUUAUCUCCUGUGUAUUAAUGUGUUCAGGAGACACUGGUGGACUUUGCGCUGACCUCCACAGACAUCUGGGGCCUGUGGCUUGACGAUACCAACCAGACCGUGGUGAAAUACAUCAACUUUGAACAGUGUGUAUUACACUUUUAGAUGAUCCUUUGGAUAGUGUAAUGGACUCUUAUGCUUAUACGCUCAACGGCCAGUUUGUUAGGUACACCACCCCGUUCAUAAAAAUGGGUCGCUCCUACAGACAGUGAGUCACGUGGCUUGUUAUAUAAAGCAGGCAGACGGGCAUCGCAGCAUUCAAUGAGAAAAACGACAUAAGAGACUUUGAGGUAUGAUAGUCAGUGCCAGGCGCGCCGGAUCCAGUAUCUCAGAAAUGUCCGCCCUCCUGGGCUUUUCACGCACCUCAGUGUCUAGGGUUUACUGAGAAUGGUGCGACAAACAAAAAACAUCCAGUCAGCGGUAGUCCUUUGGGCGAAAAAACUGCUUGUUGAUGAGGUCGAAGAAGAAUGGCAAGAAUCGUGUAAGCUAACAGGCCGGUCACAAACAGACAAAUAACAGUGUGUAGAACGGCAUCUCGGAACGCACAACUCAUCGAUCCUUGUCACGGAUGAGCUAUUACAGCAGACGACUACACCGGGUUCCACUGCUAUCGGCUAAAAACAAGAAGAAGUGGCUCCAGUGGGCACGCGAUCACCAACACUGGACAAUUGAGGAGUGGAAAAACAGCCUGGAAUAUGACUGAGUUCAGUUUAUUUGAGUGGCCUGUGCAGUCCCCAGACCUCAACCCAAUAGAGCAUUGUUGGGAUGAGAUGGAACGGGCUGUUCGCAGCAUGAAUGUCCCGCCGUCCAAUCUGCAGCAACUACGGAAUGCUAUCGCUUCAGCAUGGACCAACUUCCCUGUGGAACGUAUCUGACACCUUGUAAAAUGCCCCAAAGAUUUCAGGCUGUCCGGGAGGCAAAUGGGGGGUCAGACCCGGUACUAGAUGGGUGUACCUAAUAAACUGGCUGAGUGUAUAUAAAUAUAUCCAAAAUAAUAUUAUUUGGAGUGCUGUCAUCUCACACACCUAUAUCUAACUUCCUUUAUGUGUCUCAGUUCCACGGCAGGUCAGUGGAACCAGGUGUUUGUGCAGCCUGCCCCUGAGGAGGAGGUCCACAUCGGAGCAGACCAGGACCCCAGGGUAAGACAACACCACAUCAUUCACCACUGACUUCAAUUGUGAUUUGAACUGAUGAAUCAGAAUUUCCUGAUUUGAUGACAUUGCCCUCUAUCAAUACAUCAUUGCAAUUGAUUAGGGAUCAUCGAUAGAACAGCGCCGGAAGAAGAUGGCUGCCGUUUUACAGCCCUCUAACCAAUUGUACUAUUAUGUGUGUUUUUCCGCGUUAUUUGUAAUUUAUUUUGUACAUAAUGUUUCUGCCAUCGUCUCUUAUAACCAAAGAGAGCUUCUGGAUAUCAGGACAGCGAUUACUCACCUCGUAUUGGACGAAGACUUUUUCUUCAACGAGGCGUUCGCGAAGGAUAUUCUACAGACACCCAACAAGGCCCAGAUCCCCGUCAUUCGCGUGAGGAAGAGACGGAGAUAUCGUGGACGCAGAUCCGGGUGCCUUGUAAGGAUCCGACGGCGAACGAGUAAACUGCCUCUCCCAUCAAUCCUAUUAGCCAACGUUCAAGCUUUUGAGAAUAAAAUGGACGAUUUAAGAUUACGGUUAUCCUACCAACGGGACAUUAAAAACUGUAAUAUCUUAUGUUUCACGGAGUCGUGGCUGAACGACAACAAUGACAACAUUCAGCUAGCAGGCUAUACGCUACAUCGGCAGGACAGAACGGCAGACUCUGGUAAGACAAGGGGCGGCGGUCUGUGUAUAUUUGUAAACAACAGCUGGUGCACAAAAUCAAAUACUAAGGAAGUCUCAAGGUUUUGCUCGCCUGAGGUAGAGUAUCUUAUGAUAAGCUGUAGACCACACUAUUUACCAAGAGAGUUUUCAUCUAUAUUUUUCAUAGCUGUCUAUUUACCACCACAAACCAAUGCUGGCAUUAAGAUUGCACUGAAUGAGUUGUACAAGGCCAUUAAUCAACAGGAAAACGCUCAUCCAGAUGCAGCGCUCCUAGUAGCCGGGGACUUUAAUGCAGGGAAACUUAAAUCCGUUCUACCUCAUUUCUACCAGCAUGUUAAAUGUGCAACCAGAGGGGAAAAAACUCUAGACCGCCUUUACUCAACACACAGAGACGCAUACAAAGCUCUCCCUCGCCCUCCAUUUGGCAAAUCUGACCAUAACUCUAUCCUCCUGAUUCCUGCUUAUAAGCAAAAACAAGCAGGAAGCACCAGUGAUUCGGCUAAUAAAAAAGUGGUCAGAUGACGCAGAUGCUAAGCUACAGGACUGUUUUGCUAGCACAGACUGGAACAUGUUCCGGGAUUCUUCAGACAGCAUUGAGGAGUACACCACAUCAGUCACUGGCUUCAUCAAUAAGUGCAUCGAUGAUGUCGUCCCCACAGUGACCGUACGUACAUACCCCAACCAGAAGCCAUGGAUUACAGGAAACAUCCGCACUGAGCUAAAGGGUAGAGCUGCCGCUUUCAAGGAACGGGACUCUAACCCGGACGCUUAUAAGAAAUCCCGCUAUGACCUCCGACGAACCAUCAAACAGGCAAAGAGUCAAUACAGGUCUAAGAUUGAAUCAUACUACACUGGCUCUGACGCUCGUCGGAUGUGGCAGGGCUUGAAAACUAUUACAGACUACAAAGGGAAGCACAGCCGCGAGCUGCCCAGUGACACAAGCCUACCAGACGAGCUAAACCACUUCUAUGCUCGCUUCGAGGCAAGCAACACUGAAGCAUGCAUGAGAGCACCAGCUGUUCCGGACGACUGUGAUCACGCUCUCCGUAGCCGAUGUGAGUAAGACUUUUAAGCAGGUCAACAUUCACAAGGCCGCAGGGCCAGACGGAUUACCAGGACGUGUACUCCGAGCAUGUGCUGACCAACUGGCAAGUGUCUUCACUGACAUUUUCAACAUGUCCCUGACUGAGUCUGUAAUACCAACAUGUUUCAAGCAGACCACCAUAGUCCCCGUGCCCAAGAACUCUAAGAUAACCUGCCUAAAUGACUACCGACCCGUAGCACUGACGUCUGUAGCCAGGAAGUGCUUUGAAAGACUGGUCAUGGCUCACAUCAACAGCAUAAUCACAGAAACCCUAGACCCACUCCAAUUUGCAUACCGCCCCAACAGAUCCACAGAUGAUGCAAUCUCUAUCGCACUCCACACUGCCCUUUCCCACCUGGACAAGAGGAACACCUACGUGAGAAUGCUAUUCAUUGACUACAGCUCAGCAUUCAACACCAUAGUGCCCUCUAAGCUCAUCACUAAGCUAAGGAUCCUGGGACUAAACACCUCCCUCUGCAACUGGAUCCUGGACUUCCUGACGGGCCGCCCCCAGGUGGUAAGGGUAGGUAACAACACAUCUGCCACACUGAUCCUCAACACGGGGGCCCCUCAAGGGUGCGUGCUCAGUCCCCUCCUGUACUCUCUGUUCACCCAUGACUGCAUGGCCAGGCACGACUCCAACACCAUCAUUAAGUUUGCCGACGACACAACAGUGGUAGGCCUGAUCACCGACAACGAUGAGACAGCCUAUAGGGAGGAGGUCAGAGAUCUGGCCGUGUGGUGCCAGGACAACAACCUCUCCCUCAACGUGACCAGACAAAGGAGAUGAUUGUGGACUACAGGAAAAAAAAGAGGACUGAGCACGCCCCCAUUCUCAUCGACGGGGCUGUAGUGGAACAGGUUGAGAGCUUCAAGUUCCUUGGUGUCCACAUCACCAACAAACUAUCAUGGUCCAAACACACCAAGACAGUCGUGAAGAGGGCACGACAAAGCCUAUUCCCCCUCAGGAGACUAAAAAGAUUUGGCAUGGGUCCUCAGAUCCUCAAAAAAUUCUACAGCUGCACCAUCGAGAGCAUCCUGACUGGUUGCAUCACCGCCUGGUAUGGCAACUGCUUGGCCUCUGACCGCAAGGCACUACAGAGGGUAGUGCGUACGGCCCAGUACAUCACUGGGGCAAAGCUCCCUGCCAUCCAGGACCUCUAUACCAGGCGGUGUCAGAGGAAGGCCCUCAAAAUUGUCAAAGACUCCAGCCACCCUAGUCAUAGACUGUUCUCUCUGCUACCGCACGGCAAGCGGUACCGGAGUGCCAAGUCUAGGUCCAAAAGACUUCUCAACAGCUUCUACCCCCAAGCCAUAAGACUCCUGAACAGCUAAUCAUGGCUACCCGGACUAUUUGCACUGCCCCCCCACCCCAUCCUUUUUACGCUGCUGCUACUCUGUUAAGUAUUUAUGCAUAGUCACUUUAACUCUACCCACAUGUACAUAUUACCUCAACUACCUCAACUAGCCGGUGCCCCCGCACAUUGACUGCAACGGUACCCCCCUGUAUAUAUAGCCUCCCUACUGUCACUUUAUUUUACUGUAUAUAUAGCCUCCCUACUGUCACUUUAUUUUACUUCUGCUCUUUUUUUCUCAACACUUUUUUGUUGUUUUAUUCUUACUUUUUUGUUUAAAAUAAAUGCACUGUUGGUUAAGGGCUGUAAGUAAGCAUUUCACUGUAAUGUCUGCACCUGUUGUAUUCGGCGCAUGUGACCAAUAAAAUUUGAUUUGAUUUGGGAUGUAUGGAUUCACCGAUACGCAUUGGUCCCCGGUUCAAAUGUUUAAGAUAUGAGUGCAUCUGUCUGUGGGACUCCAAACCGAUCCAAAUGUAGCAUGCAUUGGUCAGAAAAUCGAUUAAAACGUUACGUAUUGCCAGUUCAAUUAAAUUUUUUUCUCAUACUACUUUUUUCUACCUUCUGAAAAUACCUUUCACAACUGGUGCGUCCUCUCCUUCAGUGUCGAGUUAAGCAUGUAACUGCAUUAACGGUCAUUGAUCUACAAGUAAAUUUGCAUGCCGAACAACCCCAGGCAAUAUCAGUAUCCUAGUCAAUCUGCGCCCUGCGCAGCUUCACACGCUGACCAAAGACAUCUUUUCCUGAUCUUGCAUAUCUGCACGGCACCUUCAGCAUUCAAAUGCUGGUAAAAUGGCUUGCGUAAUAUUAGGCAUUAUUAGUUUAGGGACAACCAAUCUAAUUUGCUAGGUUAUUGUUAUCAGAUGCACUGUUUUACCGGAACAAAAGUAAGCUACUGGAGACAACUGCUGAUCCGUGCUUACAUUGUAUUUUAUUUUGAUUGUUCAGGUUCACUAUCAGCAAUAGUUAGUGUUUUUUGCUUUAGGAGGAAGCGGUGCCACUGGCCGCCCCACCACGAUAUUGUUUUUGUUGCCGAGUUGAGGAGCGUUGCGCAGCGUGGCAAAAAAAGAAUACCGUACAUAUUGUGCUCUUGUAUCGCACGUGCAAUGAUGUCUGACGGGAGAAAACUGUUUGUUUGCAGUAACUUCUUUGUUGUAAUAUCGCAAAUGGAUAUGGAUUCCAGCUUUAAACAAUCAGUCUAUAUGUAAAUUUUUUUGAUGUACAGGGGAAAGUUGAUAACAAGAACAGCAAUCACUUUCGUGAGCCGCACUGCAUAGCCGACGUGGGAGAAGAAGCUCACUCCCUUAACUUCCAAACGUUGAAAACCAUUUGGAUUUUGAGACUGGGGUUAAUUCAAAGUUGUGCAAUAUAUUCAUUGGCUAUGUCAUAGUUCAGUUUUAAAGAUGGAUAUUGAGACAAUACUAGCUCAAACACUUAUAAUCUGCAAACAUGACAAGUUAAUCAAUGAGACAUUGCCCCAUCCCCAUCUGAUAGUGUGGUGGUCUCCCUUAUGGCUCAGCUCGGGUGACUACAUACACCAUAGACGUGUACAUAAUUGACACAAAUGCACACAGAGGAAGAGAAGUCAGUUCAGAGAGGCCCAGCUCAUGAGCUCCAUCAGCAACAGAUUUUAAUUUAGAAGGGGAAAUUAAUGUGUUUAUGCAAUAAAUGUAAGUGCAUCGUAUAGCAGCGAACUGAAUCGCAUUGAUUCGAUCCUCUAAUCAAACCGAAUAGCACAGAAUCGUUUCAAACUAAAGCGUGUCGUAUCGGAGCCCAUGUUUCUAGAUACGAAUCGAGUCAUCUUGAAAGGGAAAGAUCCACAUCCCCACAAUUUGAUCUAUCUCCAAAACAAGUAUCCUCUUUUUCCAUAUUGUCACUAUUGGGCCUCGCCACGUAAGAAAAACGGUACAUUUUAUAAUCAAGCUAAUUUGUCAUCUCUCGCGUUAUGACAGGAGACCUACCUGGACAUGCUCUUCUCCCCCCUGAGAUUCACUGCCUCUGCUAUAGUCAAAGCCUUACAGAUUUACAGGAGAGGCACCGAGCGAAUUGCUGACAUCCCCUGGGAGACCCUCAAGAAAGAAGUGACAAUUGCUGUGGAGAAUGAGGUAAUUUAUUCUCACUCUCUCCCUUUUUUCAUCCCUUCUACUGACUUUUCUAUCGACCGGUUUCUGCUGUGUUUCCAAUAUGUAGUCCUCUCUCUCCCCCGGUGUAGCUGCAGAGCAGUGUGACUGAGUUUGAGUUUAGCCAGGAAGAGUACAGGCAGCUGCAAGUGGAGUUCUGGUCCAAAUUCUACGCCUGCUGUCUGCAGUACCAGGAGGCUCUGGCCACUCCGCUCGGCCUGCUGCUCAACCCACACACACACAUGGUCUGUGUGCUCAAGAAGGUAUGGGAAGGAGAGGCUCUCUUAUACCUGUCUUGUUUAUUUGAUGUUUUCUGCAUAGUUUCUUCAGGACCAUAUAUUCCAAAAGGUACUAAGGGGACCCAUUUUCUAUUAAAAGUAUUUUUCUGGAUUUUCGUCAAUCAGUGAUUGACUGUGUGUUUAUUGAAGGGCUUUGUGUCAUUCCUGCUGCCCUGCUUUGCUGUGGACCACCUGUACCUGUCCUUUGAUGAGUACCUGUUCUCAGAGGAGGAGACGCCUGUCACUGAAGGUAAAGACCUUUCUCCAAACCCUUUUCCUGUCUACUACUGAGCCAUCUUUUUGUACUGCGGUGACGGGUCAGUUUUUUUAUGUGAUACAGUUGUGAUGAUUUGACUGUUAUGUGCAGAAAUAGUGCCGUGAUUGGUCAAAUUUGUAAGCCCUUGCAUUAUGCAGUAUCGCGGUGGGACUGACUGGUUCUCUCAUGCCUCUGUCUACUAGUUCUUUAUGUAUAGACCUAGUAGCCAUUUUAGAUCCAGAGGGCUCUUUACCCACUUGACUCACCGGGUAUCUUUUUGUCAACUGUAUUCAAAGUAGCCAUUCUGGCUUAAAGUACCAAGUUGGUUUUGUUUCUUGUAAGGUAGACAUUUUGGUUCUGUAACACCUCCCUAGACUCAUCCUUUCCCCAUUUGUUUGGUUAUGUCUGCAAUUUUGGCUCUUCAGGGCUCCCCACUGACCCCAGUUUCCCUUUUACGAUGUUUCCCUAUGGCCAGACCCUGAAGUUGGUCGUGACGUGCUGCAGCUGGUGCAGUGUCUGAGGUUGGUGAGUGACGCGGUGCCGGGGGACAUGGCCUAUGAGAUGGAGAAGGCCCUGGAACAUUUACAGUCACCUGAGAGGGCUGCAGAGAUGGUGCUGGAGAACCUACUGGCCAAUGACAAGUCAGUACUACACACAAACACACAGUUUACUUUUUGAAAAUGCCUAUGUACCGUCUAUGGAAGUAAAUUGAAAGUCAAUUAAUGAAUUGAGAAAUUCUCAUUGAAAAAUAAUGGCCAAACUUCAAUUCUCAAUAAUAGAAUUUCAACCAACAAGCCUUCUUGACCUCCUAUGGGUCAUACACAUUUAGGCAUUGCUGUGUUAUGUGGUGUUGUGUGACUGACCGUUAUGCAUUUUUCAUUCCCAUCGUAGUGAGAAUGUGAUCGAGGACAUCCAGAACAAGCUGCAGGACAUCCGUAACCCGGUGUCGGCCAUGGCUGUACUGAUCAGAGAGAUGGACCUGGAGACUGACUCGGAGCCAGGAGGAGAGGGACCUCACACCACAGGUAAGACCUAGAUCAUAUUAUACCUACCACGCUAUACCAAUGUUAAUAUCUCAACACAGAUUAUCCCUACAUAAUGCUAAAUGAUGAUUGUUUUAUCCACCCUUACAUUUUAGGGUCUAUUGUUAUUUGAGUAGAAACUUAAACUGAGUGCUGUUUGAGCUGUCUGUGUUCAAACUGCGGUCGGACAUACUUCUAAAUGAAAAUCAUCGGACUGGUUCAAGUGUAAACUGAUGUGUGUUUUUACCUGUGUCUGGCUUGUGUGUCCCCCAGCAGGCCUGUCGGUGCGUAUCAGUCUGUCCCAGCUGUAUGGCAGCAGUGUGGCGGUGGCUGUAAUCUGUCAGGCCGUCUGCCAGAUGGCCAUGACCAGAGCCCUGUUCUGUAGGGACCUGCUCAUACUGCAGCAGCUCUACCUACGCCUCGGAGACAAUGUACGUAUACACACACUGCACAAUCAUACAUACUGCAGCAUGUAAACACGUGUUACAGUAUUUCUUGACAUUUGGACACAUACCAUAACCACUUUCAGCCGUUCACAUCUCCAGCUACUCCUUUGACUUAAAACGUGUGUUUGUCUCUUUGCAUGCAUCUCUGGGUGUGUGUGUGUGUUUUCCAGGUGUUCCUGGCUGGUGGGAAUCAGCUGCUCCAGUUACAACAGGACCUGAUCCCCCGCUCCUCUCACCUGCUCUCCUCCUACUAUCUCCUCAAACACAUCAGUCAGAGCCUGGCCACGGCCGUGCCCCUCGACAUCAUGUACGUACACACACACACACACACACACACAUGCUAUACAGAUACUACAGUCAGCUUAUAUGAGGGCCAAAUUGUAGUUUCGGAUUCCUCGUAGAAAAUCAAGUAACAUUUUAGUUUCCUUCUCCAGAGAUGCCAACCUGCAGCACCUGUCAGUCUUGGAGCUGUCUGAUUCUCCAGCCCUGGCCAGCAACAGAUCAGGUGUGUUUGAGGGGAUCACAGCAAGGCACAAAAUUCACUAAUCUUGAUCGCAUAAUGUGUAGUUAUUAGAAGUCUGACUGCAACGUAGUCGAUCUCAAACAUGGACUAAAUCCUUUCCACCUCCCCCAUUAGUGUUGAGCCCUCAGACGGUGGUGGAGCUGUUCUACCAGAGCGUAGCACGGAAGGCCAUCAUCACCCAGAUCUACUCCCAGCAGCAGAGCACGGCCCCACUCCACUGGCCCCAAAUGGUCUCCAGUGUGGUCACCCUGCUGGCUCAGCAACUGUAUCCUCACACGCACCGAUACGCUAAGCUAGCUCUAGAGUCAAUAUAUGCUUUAGGCAAAGCUAUUCUUUUUUUUUCUUAAUUCUUUUUUUGGGGGGUAGAUCAGCUUUAAUACUGCAGAUUGUAAGUUCCAUCAAUGUAAUUGUCUGCAUCACUUCCAAUCCCCCAUAUGUUUUUUUUCUCAUAUAUAUAUCCUUUAUAAAAUUGGAGUAAACUAGUGAACAACAACGCUUAGGCCUCUACUUCCAGCUUAUAAACUCAGCAAAAAAAGAAACGUCCUGUCACUGUCAACUGCGUUUUAUUUUAAGCAAACUUAACGUGUAAAUAUUUGUAUGAACAUAAGAUUCAACAACUGAGACAUAAACUGAACAAGUUUCACAGACGUGAUUAACAGAAAUUGAAUAAUAUGUCCCUGAACAAAGGGGGUGGUCAAAAUCCAAAGUAACAGUCAGUAUCUGGUGUGGCCACCAGCUGCAUUAAGUACUGCAGUGCAUCUCCUCCUCAUGGACUGCACCAGAUUUGCCAGUUCUUGCUGUGAGAUGUUACCCCACUCUUCCACCAAGGCACCUGCAAGUUCCCGGACAUUUCUGGGGGGAAUGGCCCUAGCCCUCACCCUCCGAUCCAACAGGUCCCAGAUGUGCUCAAUGGGAUUGAGAUCCGGGUUCUUCGCUGGCCAUGGCAGAACACUGACAUUCCUGUCUUGCAGGAAAUCAUGCACAGAACGAGCAGUACGGCUGGUGGCAUUGUCAUGCUGGAGGGUCAUGUCAGGAUGAGCAUGCAGGAAGGGUACCACAUGAGGGAGGAGGAUGUCUUCCCUGUAACGCACAGCGUUGAGAUUGCCUGCAACGACAACAAGCUCAGUCCGAUGAUGCUGUGACACCGCCCCGGACCAUGACGGACCAUCCGCCUCCAAAUCGAUCCCGCUCCAGAGUACAGGCCUCGGUGUAACGCUCAUUCCUUCGACGAUAAACGCGAAUCCGACCAUUACCCCUGAUGAGACAAACCCGUGACUUGUCAGUGAAGAGCACUUUUUGCCAGUCCUGUCUGGUCCAGCAACGGUGGGUUUGUGCCCAUAGGCUACAAGCCCUCAGUCCAGCCUCUCUCAGCCUAUUGCGGACAGUCUGAGCUCUGAUGGAGGGAUUGUGCGUUCCUGGUGUAACUCGGGCAGUUGUUGUUGGUAUCCUGUACCUGUCCUGCAGGUGUGAUGUUCGGAUGUACCGAUCCUGUGCAGGUGUUGUUACACGUGGUCUGCCACUGCGAGGACGAUCAGCUGUCCGUCCUGUCUCCCUGUAGGGCUGUCUUAGGCGUCUCACAGUACGGACAUUGCAAUUUAUUGCCCUGGCCACAUCUGCAGUCCUCAUGCCUCCUUUCAGCAUGCCUAAGGCACGUUCACGCAGGGACCCUGGGCAUCUUUCUUUUGGUGUUUUUCAGAGUCAGUAGAAAGGCCUCUUUUAGUGUCCUAAGGUUUCAUAACUGUGACCUUAAUUGCCUACCGUCUGUAAGCUGUUAGUGUCUUAACGACCGUUCCACAGGUGCAUGUUCAUUAAUUGUUUAUGGUUCAUUGAACAAGCCUGGGAAACAGUGUUUAAAUCCUUUACAAUGAAGAUCUGUGAAGUUAUUUGGAUUUUUACAAAUUAUCUUUGAAAGACAUGGUCCUGAAAAAGAGACGUUUCUUUUUUUGCUGAGUUUACAUACUAUAUACAUUUUAUGGACACAGUCAAUUUUACAAUAAUUAUAUUUUGUUUGUUUUCACUCCUGAACUUCCUCUACCCUCAACCUCUCUGAUCAUUUUCAUGAUGUCCAUCCAGUUUGCUUCUAUAUGCCAUAUCUUUCUAACUGUUUCACACAAGAUCUCAACCUAUAUACUUAUUAUGGACACGGUAUGCUUUACAUUAGUUAUCUUGUUGUUAUUAGUCCCAUCCUUCAGCUCCAUUCAACACCUCCCAUCUAUCUCUUAACACCAUCCAUAUUGGAUUUCUAUUUGCCAUAUAUUUUAACUGUACUGUGAUGUUUCACAAAAGUUCUGAACCCUUCUAUUCUCAUUGCUAUUUUUAUCCUCAAAAACAGCUGAGCUAGACCAGAGUUGAUAUGCUUUGUGCUAGGUUUUUCUUAUAUUUCACAGGCAUUAGCAUACGCUAGGCAAGUUUUGACUAACCUUUAUGAGUUGCAGUGAGGUGUACUGUAGAGUGCCUUCGGAAAGUAUUCAGACCCCUUUCCACAUUUUGUUACGUUACAGCCUUAUUCUAAAAUUGAUUAAAUGUUUUUUUUCUUCAUCUACACACAAUACCCCAUAAUGACAAAGCAAAAACAGGUUAAAAAAAAGAUAUACACACACAGUGAGGGGGAAAAAGUAUUUGAUCCCCUGCUGAUUUUGUACGUUUGCCCACUGACAAAGAAAUGAUCAGUGUAUCAUUUUAAUGGUAGGUUUAUUUGAACAGUGAGAGACAGAAUAACAACAAAAAAAUCCAGAAAAACGCAUGUCAAAAAUGUUAUAAAUUUGAAAUGCAUUUUAAUGAGGGAAAUAAGUAUUUGACACCUCUGCAAAACAUGACUUAGUACUUGGUGGCAAAACCCUUGUUGGCAAUCAGAGGUCAGACGUUUCUUGUAGUUGGCCACCAGGUUUGCACACAUCUCAGGAGGGAUUUUGUUCCACUCCUCUUUGCAGAUCUUCUCCAAGUCAUUAAGGUUUCGAGGCUGACGUUUGGCAACUCGAACCUUCAUCUCCCUCCACAGAUUUUCUAUGGGAUUAAGGUCUGGAGACUGGCUAGGCCACUCCAGGACCUUAAUGUGCUUCUUCUUGAGCCACUCCUUUGUUGCCUUGGCUGUGUGUUUUGGGUCAUUGUCAUGCUGGAAUACUCAUCCACGACCCAUUUUCAAUGCCCUGGCUGAUGGAAGGAGGUUCUCACCCAAGAUUUGACGGUACAUGGCGCCGUCCAUCGUCCCUUUGAUGCGGUGAAGUUGUCCUGUCCCCUUAGCAGAAAAACACCCCCAAAGCAUAAUGUUUCCAUCUCAAUGUUUGACGGUGGGGAUGGUGUUCUUGGGAUCAUAGGCAGCAUUCCUCCUCCAAACACGGCGAGUUGAGUUGAUGCCAAAGAGCUUGGUUUUGGUCUCAUCUGACCACUACACUUUCACCCAGUUCUCCUCUGAAUCAUUCAGAUGUUCAUUGGCAAACUUCAGACGAGCAUGUACAGUGGGGAUAAAAAGUAUUUAGUCAGCCACCAAUUGUGCAAGUUCUCCCACUUAAAAAGAUGAGAGGCCUGUAAUUUUCAUCAUAGGUACACGUCAACUAUGACAGACAAAUUGAGAAAAAGAAAUCCAGAAAAUCACAUUGUAGGAUUUUUAAUGAAUUUAUUUGCAAAUUAUGGUGGAAAAUAAGUAUUUGGUCACCUACAAACAAGCAAGAUUUCUGGCUCUCACAGACCUGUAACUUAUUUUUUAAGAGGCUCCUCUGUCCUCCACUCAUUACCUGUAUUAAUGGCACAUGUUUGAACUUGUUAUCAGUAUAAAAGACACCUGUCCACAACCUCAAACAGUCACACUCCAAACUCUACUAUGGCCAAGACCAAAGAGCUGUCAAAUGACACCAGAAACAAAAUUGUAGACCUGCACCAGGCUGGGAAGACUGAAUCUGCAAUAGGUAAGCAGCUUGGUUUGAAGAAAUCAACUGUGGGAGCAAUUAUUAAGAAAUGGAAGACAUACAAGACCACUGAUAAUCUCCCUCGAUCUGGGGCUCCACGCAAGAUCUUACCCCGUGGGGUCAAAAUUAUCACAAGAACGGUGAGCAAAAAUCCCAGAACCACACGGGGGGACCUAGUGAAUGACCUGCAGAGAGCUGGGACCAAAGUAACAAAGCCUACCAUCAGUAACACACUACGCCGCCAGGGACUCAAAUCCUGCAUUGCCAGAUGUGUCCCCCUGCUUAAGCCAGUACAUGUCCAGGCCCGUCUGAAGAGUGCAUUUGGAUGAUCUAGAAGAGGAUUGGGAGAAUGUCAUGGUCAGAUGAAACCAAAAUAGAACUUUUUGAUAAAAACUCAACUCGUCGUGUUUGGAGGACAAAGAAUGCUGAGUUGCAUCCAAAGAACACCAUACCUACUGUGAAGCCUGGGGGUGGAAACAACAUGCUUUGGGGCUGUUUUUCUGCAAAGGGACCAGGACAACUGAUCCGUGUAAAGGAAAGAAUGAAUUGGGCCAUGUAUCGUGAGAUUUUGAGUGAAAACCUCCUUCCAUCAGCAAGGGCAUUGAAGAUGAAACGUGGCUGGGUCUUUCAGCAUGACAAUGAUCCCAAACACACCUCCCGGGCAACGAAGGAGUGGCUUCGUAAGAAGCAUUUCAAGGUCCUGGAGUGGCCUAGCCAGUCUCCAGAUCUCAACACCAUUAAAUCUUUGCAGGGAGUUGAAAGUCUGUGUUGCCCAGCGACAGCCCCAAAACAUCACUGCUCUAGAGGAGAUCUGCAUGGAGGAAUAGGCCAAAAUACCAGCAACAGUGUGUGAAAACCUUGUGAAAACGUUUGACCUGUGUCAUUGCCAACAAAGGGUAUAUAACAAAGUAUUGAGAAACUUUUGUUAUUGACCAAAUACUUAUUUUCCACCAUAAUUUGCAAAUAAAUUCAUUAAAAAUCCUACAAUGUGAUUUUCUGGAAUUUUUUUUCUCAUUUUGUCUGUCAUAGUUGACGUGUACCUAUGAUGAAAAUUACAGGCCUCUCUCAUCUUUUUAAGUGGGAGAACUUGCACAAUUGGUGGCUGACUAAAUACUUUUUUUCCCCACUGUAUAUGUGCUUUCUUGAGCAGGGGGACAUUGCGUUCUCAUGAUCAUUGCAACUCCACGAGGUGAGAUCUUGCAUGGAGCCCCAGGCCGAGGGAGAUUGACAGUUCUUUUGUAUUUCUUCCAUUUGCGAAUAAUCGCACCAACUGUUGUCACCUUCUCACCAAGCUGCUUGGCGAUGGUCUUGUAGCCCAUUCCAGCCUUGUGUAGGUCUACAAUCUUGUCCCUGACAUCCUUGGAGAGCUCUUUGGUCUUGGCCAUGGUGGAGAGUUUGGAAUCUGAUUGCUUCUGGACAGGUGUCUUUUAUACAGGGGUGUGCUCCUCACUGUGUGUGUGUGUGUGUGUGUGUGUGUGUGUAUAUAUAUAUAUAUAUAUAUAUAUCUCAAUUGUACGUAAGUAUUCAGACCCUUUACUCAGUACUUUGUUGAAGCACCUUUGGCAGCGAUUUACAGCAUUGUCUUCUUGGGUAUGACGCUACAAGUUUGGCACACCUGUAUUUGGGAAGUUUCUCCCAUUAUUCUUUGCAGAUCCUCUCAAGCUCUGUCAGGUUGGAUGGGGAGUGUUGCUGCACAGCUAUUUUCAGGUCUCUCCAGAGAUGUUUUUUUUGGGUUCAAGUCCAGGCUCUGGCUGGGCCACUCAAGGACAUUCAGAGACUUGUCCCAAAGCCACUCCUGCGUUGUCUUGGCUGUGUUCUUCUGUUGUUGUUGUCCUGUUGGAAGGUGAACAUUCACCACAGUCUGGGUUCCUGAGCACUCUGGAGCAGGUUUUCAUCAAGGAUCGCUCUACUGUUCUCCGUUCAUCUUUGCCUCGAUCCUGACUAGUUUCCCAGUCCCUGCCGUUGAAAAACAUCCUCACAGCAUGAUGCUGCCACCAUGCUUCACCGUAGGGAUGGUGCCAGGUUUCCUCCAGACGUGACGCUUGGCAUUCAGGCUAAAGAGUUCAAUCUUGGUUUCAUCAGACCAGAGAAUAUGGUCUGAGAGUCUUUAGGUGCCUUUCGGCAAACUCCAAGCGGGCUGUCAUGUGCCUUACUGAGGAGUGGCUUCCAUCUGGCCACUAUUAUAAAGGCCUGAUUGGUGUAGUGCUGCAGAGAUGGUUGUCCUUCUGGAAGGUUCUCCCAUCUCCACAGAGGAACUCUAGAGCUCUGUCAGAGUGACCAUCGGGUUCUUGGUCACCUCAGUGACCAAUAACCUUCUUCCCCGAUUGCUCAGUUUGGCCAAGCGGUGGUUCCAAACUUCUUCCAUUUAAGCAUGAUGGAGGCCACUGUGUUCUUGGGGACCUUCAAUGAUGCAGACAUUUUUUGGUACCCUUCCCCAGAUCUGUGCCUCGACGCAAUCCUGUCCCCUGAGCUCUUCGGACAAUUUCUUCGACCUCAUGGCUUGGUUUUUGCUCUGACAUGCACUGUCAACUGUGGGACCUUAUCUAGACAGGUGUGUGUGCCUUUCCAAAUCAUGUCCAAUCAAUUGAAUUUACCACAGAUGAACUCCAAGUUGUAGAAACAUCUCAAGGAUGAUCUAUGGAAACCGGAUGCACUUGAGCUCAAUUUCGAGUCUCAUAGCAAAGGGUCUGACUACUUAUGUGAAUAAGGUAUUUGUGAUUAUUUUUUUUGGCUGAAUAAAUUUGCAAACAUGUAUAAAAAAUGUUUUCACUUUGUAUAAAAAAUGUUUUCACUUUGUCAUUAUGGGGUAUUAUGUGUAGAUUGCAAAAAUGUGUAUAUAUAUAUAUUAAUACAUUUUAGAAUAAGGCUGUAACAAAAUGUGGAAAAAGUCAACUGGUCUGAAUACUUUCCGAAGGCACUGUAUAUUAUGGAAAAAGUUGUCCCUCAACACUAUCUCUCUAGUUGGCCUAACAAUCCAGGCUUCCAGUUCCCUGAAUGUCUGAUGGGCAACUGCCAGUACACACAACUACAGGUGAGACACUUCCCACAGACUCAGCGACCCUCUCACAUAAUAUACUGAACAAAAACAUAAAUGCAAAAUGCAACUAUUUCAAAGGUUUUACAGUUCAUAUAAGGAUAUCAGUCAAUUAAAAUAAAUAAAUUAGGCCCAAAUCUAUGGAUUUCACUGGGAAUACAGAUAUGCAUCUGUUGUGACCACCAUUUGCCCCAUGCAGUGUGACACAUCUCCUUCGCGUAGUUGAUCAGGCUGUUAAUUGUGGAAUGUUGUCCCACUCCUCUUCAAUGGCUGUGCGAAGUUGCUGGAUAUUGGCGGCUACUUGAACACGCUGUCGUUCACAUUGCUCCAGAGCAUCCCAAACUGCCCAAUGGGUGACAUGUCUAGUGAGUAUGCAGGCAAUGGAAGAACAGUGACAUUUUCUGUUUCCCCACACGACGCCAUACGUUGUCUGCCAUCUGCCCGGUACUGUUGAAAACGGGAUUCAUCCGGGAAUAGCACACUGCCAGUGGCCAUCGAAAGUGCGCAUUUGCCCACUGAAGUAAUUUUAGACGCAGAACUGCAGUCCGGUCAUGACCCUGUUGAGGACGACGAGCACGCAGAUGAGCUUCCUUUAGUUGGUUUCUGAAAGUUUGUGCAGAAAUUAUUCGGUUGUGCAAACCCACAGUUUCAUCAGCUGUCCGGGUGGCUGGUCUCAGAUGAUCCCGCAGGUGAAGAAACCGGAUGUGGAGGUCCUGGGCUGGCGUGGUUACACGUGGUCUGCGGUUGUGAGGCCGGUUGGACUUACUGCCAAAUUCUCUAAAACUAUGUUGGAGGCGGCUUAUGGUAGAGAAAUUAACAUUCAAUUAUUUGGCGAAAGCUCUGGUGCACAUUCCUGCAGUCAGAAUGCCAGUUGCAUGCUCCCUCAACUUGAGACAUCUGUGGCAUUGUGUUGUGUGACACAACUGCACAUUUUAGUUGGCCUUUUAUUGUCCCCAACACAAGGUGCACCUGUGUAAUGAUCAUGCUAUUUAAUCAGCUUCUUGAUAUGCCACACCUGUUAGGUGGAUGGAUUAUGGCAAAGGAGAAAUGCACACUAACAGGGAUGUAAACACAUUUCUGUUAUCUCUUAUUUCAGCUCAUGAAACAUGGAACCAACACAUACAUGUUGCGGUUAUAUUUUUGUUAAGUGUAGUUAUGUAUGUUAGGUUGUCGUUUUUUCCCCCGACUGCCAGUUUCCCAAUUCGAACAAUAAAGAUGUACAGUACCAAUCAAAAGUUUGGACACACCUACUCAUUCAAGGGUUUUUCUUUAUUUUUACUAUUUUCUACAUUGUAGAAUAAUAGUGAAGACAUCAAAACUAUGAAAUAAUACAUAUGGAAUAAUGUGGUAACCAAAAAGGUGUUAAACAAAUCGAUGUUUUAUAUUUGAGAUUUUUCAAAGUAGCCACCCUUUGCCUUGAUGACAGCUUUGCAGACUUUGGCAUUCUCUCAACCAGCUUCACCUGGAAUGCUUUUCCAACAGUCUUGAAGGAGUUCCCACAUAUGCUGAGCAUUUGUUGGCUGCUUUUCCUUCACUCUGUGGUCCAACUCAUCCCAAACUAUCUGAAUUGGGUUGAGGUCGGGUGAUUGUGGAGGCCUUGUCAUCUGACGCAGCACUCCAUCACACUCCUUCUUGGUCAAAUAGCCCUUACACAGCCUGGAGGUGUGUUGGGUCAUUUGUCCUGUUGAAAAACAAAUGAUAGUCCCACUAAGCACAAACCAGAUGGGAUGGCGUAUCGCUGCAGAAUGCUGUGGUAUCCAUGCUGGUUAUGUGUGCCUUGAAUUCUAAAUAAAUCACAGACAGUAUCACCAGCAAAGCACCAUCACACCACCUCCAUGCUUCACGGUGGGAACCACACAUGCAGAGAUCAUCCAUUCACCUACUCUGCAUCUCACCACUUCUUCUUAUUGGUGUCCUUUUAGUAGUGGUUUCUUUGCAGCAUUUCGACUGAAGGCCUGAUUUCACGCAGCCUCCUCUGAACAGUUGAUGUUGAGAUGUGUUUGUUACUUGAACUCUGAAGCAUUUAUUUGGGCUGCAAUUUCUGAGGCUGGUAACUAAUUAACUUUUUCUCUGCAGCAGAGGUAACUCUGGGUCUUCCUAUCCUGUGGUGGUCCUCAUGAGAGCCAGUUUCAUCAUAGCACUUGAUGGUUUUUGCAACUGCACUUGAAGAAACUUUCAAAGUUCUUAAUUUUCCGUAUUGACUGACCUUCAUGUCUUAAAGUAAUGAUGGACUGUCGUUUCUCUUUGCUUAUUUGAGCUGUUCUUGCCAUAAUAUGGACUUGGGCUUUUACCAAAUAGGGCCAUCUUCUGUAUACCCCCCCUACCUUGUCACAAAACAACUGAUUGGCUCAAACGCAUUAAGAAGGAAAGAGAUUCCACAAACUAACUUUUAACAAGGCACACCUGUUAAUUGUGUCGUGAUGUGACUUUAACAUUCAUCUGAAGACUUAUCUCUAACUAUGUUUAAUUGUUACCCAAUUUAAAUUAAUCAUGUAACAAUUAACUCAUUAGGAUCUGGGGCACCACGAGAGCAGUUCUUUAAAGAGUUACCAUCUCCCGACUUAACAGGUCUUUAGCUAUCACAUCUAUAAACAGUAAAUGUAUUAAUCAUAACUUCGUAUCAUAUCAUUCUGAACGUCGCAACCUCCUUGCAUCCGCAAACCCGAGCCUAACUUAUGAUUCAGUACUACACAUUGGUUUAUUUAUUUACUAGCUAAUUAAAUGGGAACACAGGAUAAACAUACACACACACACUGCACCGGUUAUUGACUGGAGAAAACAGGUCCCUAGCGGAAUGACAACAUACCUUGUUGUUAAAAAGAGGAGAUGGAGAGGAAGAAAGAGCGGGACAGAGACACUUAACCUCGAUACAUUCAGAAACUACUCUCACCUACAGUAAUUACAUACUUGGCACACGAACCGCCGCCCGCUUUGAGUAAGAAAUCAUGAAUGUAUUUACGUGAAAUGUCUUAGUUCGCCGGGGAUCUCUCGGUGAUUCGGGCCACCCAGGAAAGGGAAUUGGGCCUUCUCGCGGCACGCUUGUAAGGCUUUGUUUGUCCAACCAGUUUCUAACAAGUCUGCUCCUGUUGUUCUCUUCGUAGUUGUCCGGUCUCCGAUGACUUGUCGUGUAGUCCUGAACAGAACUACAGAGAUUAUUUUCCUUGCUUCUUUGAAGAUAGGCUAGCCAGCUGCAUCGAUGAUUCCCAGUGACCUUUCCUCACGUUUGAUAUUAAAAAUAUUGUACCAGUAUUCGCUUUAGAACGUGUUAGCGUUUCGGUGGGAGAAGUCUGUGGAAACAAAGGCACAUUCCUCUGGUAAACAUUGGAGAGGGAGACCUGAAUCUUCACUCCUUCAUUUACAACCGGGCGUGAGGUGUCAACCCCCCACCAGUUCCCUCCUCCCCCCCCCUCCACGGGUGAGAGGGUCUGGUUGAAGUUAUUCAUUGCAAACCUUAUCUGACCUAUUUGGAUCCUUACUGGAUAGUCAUGACAAUUUAAAUGCAUUCCAGGUGACUACCUAGUGAAGCUGGUUGAGAGAAUGCCAAGAGUGUGCAAAGCUGUCAUCAACGCAAAGGGGUGGCUACUUUGAAGAAUCUCAAAUAUAAAAUAUAUUUUGAUUAGUUUAACACUUUUUUUUUUUUUUUUUUUUUUUUUUUCUUUUUUUUUUGGUGGUUACUACAUGAUUCCGUAUGUGUUAGUUCAUAGUUUUGAUGUCUUUUAUUCUACAAUGUAGAAACUAGUAAAAAUAAAGAAAAACCCUAGAAUGAAUAGGUGUGUCCAAACUUUUGACUGGACUGAAUGCAUUGAUUGAAUCUCAAAGCAGAUUUAACCUCUACGGGAUCGGUGUCCCGUAUUCGGGACGGUUGAGCUAAUGUGAUUAGCAUGACUGUUGUAAGUUACAGCAAACUUUCCAGGACAUAGACAUGUCUAAUAUGGGCAGAAAGCUUAAAUUCUUGUUAAUCUAACUGUGCUGUCCAAUUUACUGUAGCUAUUACAGUGAAAAAAGACAAUGCUAUUGUUUGAGGAGAGUGCACAACAACAAACUUAUCACGGCAACUGGUUUGAUACAUUCACCUCUGAAGGUAAAUAAUGUACUUACAUUCAGUAAUCUUGCUCUGUUUUGUCAUCCUAAGGGUCCCAGAGAUAAAAUAUAGCAUAGUUUUGUUUGAUAAAAUCAAUGUUUAUAUUCAAAUGAAGGAACUUGGUUCUACAGAUUGAACCCCUGCUGUCUGUCUCCACACCCACCCUGCCCGGCCAUCUAGAUGUGUGAAAGUUAGUGUAAAGCUAAUGAUCAUGUAUGACAUUCCUGGGAGUGUGUAGACUUACCUUUUGUAUUACCGUUUUUGUAUGUUCUCUAUAGUUAUGUACUUGAAAAUGUAUCAAUUGACCAAUUCGGCACAUUUGGGCAGACUUGAUACAAAAUAGUCCAGUAUUGCAAUGCUUCACUGGAUCAAACUGAAACUUUGCACAGACACUGCUGCCAUCUAGUGGGCAACAUCUAAACUGCAAUAUUAUAUUGUGGCAUUUCUCUUGCAUUUCAAAGAUGAUGGAACAAAAAAAAAACAUGUUUUUUGGUUUGUAUUAUCUUUUACCAGAUCUAAUGUGUUAUUCUCCUACAUUUCAUUUCACAUUUCCACAAACUUCCAAGUGUUUCCUUUCAAAUGGUAUCAAGAAUAUGCAUAUCCUUGCUUCAGGUGCUGAGCUACAGGCAGUUAGAUUUUAGGCGAAAAUUGAAAAAAGGGGUCCGAUCCUUAAGAGGUUAAUGAAAAAUCCAACUAAUGCAUUUGAAAUAGAAUCCAUUCUCACGCUCUCCUUUCUAUCUCUCCAGGAGUAUGUGCGUCUCAUCGGGCCCUGGUGUCAGGUGAACGUGGGCUCCUGCCGCUUCAUGCUGGGCCAGUGUUACCUGGCCAACGGAGAGGGACAGAAGGUGUGUAUUUCUUUUAGUGCAUUUGAGCAUACCAUUCUGAAAUAACUUUAUUGGAGGUUGUUUCUGUAGUUCUAAGGGCUGUAACUGUAUCCUAUGAUUGAUUCAACCCGUAGCAUCAGUGCUUACUGUAUCUGUUGUGUUCUAAUCUCAAUCAUGUUUGUAGCCAUGUGUUUUGACCCCCUGUCAUUUUGUUUCACCAGGCACUGCAGUGUUUUCAGGAGGCAGCGACGGAGGUGGAGAAGGAGGAGUUUCUGCUGAGAUUGACAGGAGCUGAAGAGGAGGAGGCUGCAGACGCCUCAAGACUACAGUACUACAACAAGGUUACUAUGGAUUAGUGUUGCACGGUAUACUGAAACUUCGGUACUUUUUCGAUACUAGAACAUAAAAGGUUCGGUACAAGUAUUUUUUUGUUGCUUCUGUCAUGUGUCUUAUGGAUCAAGUCUGUAUCAGCGAUGUCCCCCUUAUAGCAUGAGCGCGUCAUGCCUGCUCCACUUAAUCUGCACUGGGAGUCUGGGCUGCAUCAUGUUACCUCCCCUCAUGCUGCACAGAAGUUAACACACUUGAAUAAUGCGACACGGCAUGUUGAAAUUGUUUUGUAAAAGUAAUUAACAAUGUCCAUACAAGCUAGGACACUUUACAAUUCAAGAAGAUAACAGUAGCUUCCAGCUUUGUAGGCUAACUGUCCUUGCUAGCUUACAGCUAAAGCUAACAUCAAUUCACUACCCCUAGUACCUUGUUUGUGAUAAUAUGCAAACCAUAAUGCAAAAUAUGCUGAUUUCAAAGCUAAUAUGCCUUCGGUAUCGAAACAAAAUUCUGGUAUCGUGACAACGCUACUAUUGAUUGGAAACCCUUCUCUUUGAUACACCAAUGUGGAUAUGUGUGCAGGUUUAAUUUAGUGUGUGUGUAUUAGGUGCUGCGGUUACUGGAGGAUGUUGGUCUACCAGAGCUGGUCAUCCAUCUAGCCACUCUGGCCAUAACGGAGGCCGUCAACGACCCCAGGAGUCAGGCUGCCCUGUGGACCCGCAUCUUCAAGCACCACCUGGACCUGGGACACAACAGCCAAGCCUACGAAGCCCUCACACAAAACCCUGACUCAGGCAGGCAGUUGGACUGUCUGCGUCAGCUGGUGGUGGUUCUUUGUGAACGCUCCCAACUUCAGGACCUGGUCCAGUUCUCCUACGUCAACCUGCACGACGAGGUACACACACACUUUCUCUUUACAUUUGGUUAGAGGCCAGUAGAUCACAUUAUAGACACGCUAGAUAAUUAUAUUAGAUCAACGUUUUUGACCCUCCCCUUGUGUCCUUCUCUGGCUGCAGGUGGUGAGCAUCAUAGAGUCCAGAGCCAGAGCAGUGGACCUGAUGUCCCACAACUACUACGAGCUGCUCUACGCCUUCCACAUCAACAGACACAACUACAGGAAAGGUAAGAGGAGCCUGGGACUCUUUCUUUCAGCUAGUAGCUGUUUGAAAAGGAAGGUGAUGGUAUUUAUUUUUAAUCACUGUCCAUUUUGUGUGUGUGUCCCUCUCUGUAUGGUGUGUCUAUAUAACUCUGUUGUUCUCUCUUCUAGCGGGUACAGUGAUGUUUGAGUACGGCAUGCGUCUGGGCAGGGAGGUGAGGACACAGCUAGGUCUCCAGAAACAGGUUAACUGUUACCUGGCCUCUCUCAACUGUCUACGACUCAUCAGACCUGACUACGCCUGGAUCGUACAGCCGUCCUCUGGAGCUAUGUAUGAGAGGCCUGGCGCGUCACCAAAGAGGAACUACGAUGGAGAGUUUGCUACUGGUCCAGGUGAGACUAGAUACAAUGGCCGUAGCUAUUUCUCGUCUUUGUACUACUAUUUGUUGGGUUGUGAAAUGUGUAUGACCGUGAAGUGAUCUUGGUUCUGAAGUAGAUGUUGGCUCUGAUAAUAUUGUAAUAGAGAUGUCUGUGUGUCUGCAGUGAGCGGUCAGAUAGACAUCCUGGAGCUGAAGGACCUUCAGAAGGAGUACGCCCUGGCCCGUAGCCGCCUCACCUUGGCUCAGCACCACCCACCGUCCGCUGCCAUCGCAGGUACAACACCUGACACAAUAUUCCUUAAAAUGUAUGAAAGGUACCAUGCCACGGUGACAUGUCAGUCAGUAAGCCAUAAUUAAUUGUAGCCUUUGGCGCUUCUUUAAAUUAUCAAUUAGAAAGGGGACCAUUAUUCCUGUAGGGCAACUAAUCUCUUCACAACUCCCCAAUCUAAAUCCAGAAAUCUAAUACAGUACUGUGUGUGGGGUUGUAGGCAGUGCCUCUGCAGUGGAGAUGGUGUCCCAGCUGGUUCAAACGGGACUGUUCGACUGUGCCCUCUCACUCUGCCAGACCUUCAAACUCUCCCUCACGCCUACCUUCGAGGGGCUCGCCUUCAAGUAAGUUGCUAGCUUCGUUAGGGCAGUCUGAACUGCACGGAGUGACUUGAAUUUAUACGGAUAUCUCUCGUUUACAAUGCAUGAUUUACGUGAAUACUCGUGUCAGGUUGGAUGGGGAGCGUCACUGCACAGCUAUUUUCAGGUCUCUCCAGAGAUGUUUGAUCGGGUUCAAGUCCGGGCUCUGGCUGGGCCACUCAAGGACAUUCAGAGACUUGUCCUGAAGCCACUCCUGCGUUGUCUUGGCUGUGUGCUUAGGGUCGUUGUCCUGUUGGAAGGUGAACCUUCGCCCCAGUCUGAGGUCCUGAGCGCUCUGGAGCAGCUUUUCAUCAAGGAUCUCUGUACUUUUCUCUGUUCAUCUUUCCCUCGAUCCUGACUAGUCUCCUGUCCCUGCCACUGAAAAACAUCCCCACAGCAUGAUGUUGCCACCACCAUAGGGAUGGUGCCAGGUUUCCUCCAGACGUGAUGCUUGGCAUUCAGGCCAAAGCGUUCAAUCUUGGUUUCAUCAGUCCAGAGAAUCUUGUUUCUCAUGGUCUGAGAGUCCUUUAGGUGCCUUUUGGCAAACUCCAAGCGGGCUGUCAUGUGCCUUUUACUGAGGAGUGGCCUCCGCCUGGCCACUCUACCAUAAAGGCCUGAUUGGUGGAGUGCUGCAGAGAUGGUUGUCCUUCUGGAAGGUUCUCCCAUCUCCAGAGCUCUGUCAGUGACCAUCAGGUUCUUGGUCCCCUCCCUGACCAAGGUCCUUCUCCCUCGAUUGCUCAGUUUGCCCGGGCGGCCAGCUCUAGGAAGAGUCUUGGUGGUUCCAAACUUCUUCCAUUUUAAGAAUGAUGGAGGCCACUGUGUUCUUGGGGACCUUCAAUGCUGCAGACAUUUUUUGGUACCCUUCCCCAGAUCUGUGCCUCGACACAAUCCUGUCUCGGAGCUCUACGGACAAUUCCUUAGACCUCAUUGCUUGGUUUUUGCUCUGAUAUGCACUGUCAACUGUGGGACCUUAUAUAGACAGGUGUGUGCUUGUCCAAUCAAUUGGAUUAACCACAGGUGGACUCCAAUGAAGUUGUAGAAACAUCUCAAGGAUGAUCAAUGGAAACGGGAUGCACCUGAGCUCUAUGUAAAUGAGUAAAAAUAAUAAUUACAAACCCAGUUUAUGCUUUGUCAUUUACAUUUAACUCAUUUAGCAGACGCUCUUAUCCAGAGCGACUUACAGUUAGUUAGUUAUAUAUAUAUUUUUUUUUUCAUACCCCCGUGGGAACGAACCCCAACCCUGCGUUGCAAACGCCAUGCUCUACCAACUGAGCUACACUCCUGCCGGUCAUCCCCUCCCCUGCCCUGGACGACGCUGGUCCAAUUGUGCGCCGCCCCAUGGGUCUCCCGGUCAUGACCGGCUAUGACAGAGCCUGGAUUCGAACCAGGAUCUCUAGUGGCACAGCUAGCACUGCGAUGCAGUGCCUUAGACCACUGCGCCACUCGGGGGGUAUUAUGUGGAGAUUGUGGGAGGGAAAAUGUAAUUUUAUCAAUUUUAGAAUAAGGCUGUAACGUAACAAUAUGUGAAAUGUGUCAAAGGGUCUGAAUACUUUCCGAAUGCACUGUAUUUAGUCUGUAGCAAUCACCCCAAAGUAAGCAGUUGUGCCUUGUCUGAACUCACAUACAGGGGUUUUCUUCCUGUUGGUUGAUGGUGAUGUUAGCUGUGUUUUUUGUUGUAUUUAUACAAAAAUACACUAUUUUUAGGUGUAUAAAGUUACAGUAUGGUGGAGAGGAGAGUCAGAAUGAAGCCUGGAACUGGCUGGCUGCCAAUCAGCUGUCUACCAUCGUCACAACCAAAGAGUCAAGGUUGGUUGUUUAAAUUUGACCACUUCAUAGUUCAAAUUGGCAGGGAAUAUUAAGAACAGUCAAAUUGACCAAUAAAGUUAAAUUAUAAUACAGAUGUACUUUUCCUUCACAGUGCGACUGAUGAGGCGUGGCGCCUGCUGGCCUCCUACCUGGAGAAGCACCCUACCCAGAAUGCUCAGCACCAUCGCUGUGUGAUCAACAAGCUGCUGUCACACGGCGUACCGCUGCCCGACUGGCUGGUCAACACCUACAAGGUGAGAGAGCACAGUAUUUGUGCAAAUGUUGUAUGUAUUAAUAUUGCACUAAAUGCGACGAUGCAAGACACAUUUUCCUAAAAUAAUUCGAUAGAGUCCGUAAAUGUAUAUUUUCUAGUUGCAUUUGCUCCCCCUGUAUUAUAACACAAGCCUGUUUGCUUAGGGGGUGGACGCUGCAGCGUUGUUAAGGCUCUACCUGAACUAUGACCUGCUGGAGGCAGCAGCUGAGCUGGUGUUGGAGUACGUAGAUGCUCUCAUGGGGAAGGGACACCAGUACUUUGGCAUCGAGGUACAUUACAGCAGGGGUUCCCAAACUUUUUCACUCAGGCCCCCUUCCAGUAUUGGGGAACAUCCCGCAACCCCCUAGACAUUUAAGACAAGUUAUAAAUAGCUCUCUCUAAGGUAUGCAAUGACUGACACGACAAGAGAAACUGAUGAUGCACUGCCCAAUUUCAUAAUUGCACCUUGUGCAUUCUACUAUUACAACUUUCAAGAGCAAGCUGAAAGGCGGACUGAGUUCCUUAAUUAACUUUUUUUUGGGGGGACCCCACAUUACCGCAUAAAUCACUUGCAAUGACUGCGGUGUGGUUGUUUUACCCAUUUUGAGUUGAACACACUUGAUUCUCAUCUCUAGAUUGAAUUUAAUCUCUUAAAUAAGAUUAAAGUCAAAUGUUUGUCCUUUUUGUGUUUCUCUGAGAUGGUAAUGGUAUGUGUGUGUUACAGAGGCCCCUCUCUGCCACAGCAUCAUUGGUGUGGCUCCCAUACACUUCCAUCGACCAGCUCCUUCAGGCGCUCAACGAGACCCAGACUAACGCCAGUGUAAGUCCAUUUAAAAUACUUUUUUAAAAAGCUGUUUGACAACCUAUGCUGACAUCAAACAUGACUUUGUCCUCAGUUUAAAUGUUAACACGCACCACCAUGCUUCUCUCAUGACUGUCCUCUCAGAUACACAACAAACUGCAGGACAAGCUGAAUGACUACCACAAACUGGUGGACCAGACAACAAGGCGAAGGCUCCAGGCCCAAUCUUAAUUAGUCUUAACUGUAUUGGAGGAGAGAAUGUGAGGAAUCAAGGAAAGACUAUCACUGCCCCUCCACAUGGUGCGCUCACUGUUGCCAUGACUCUCUGGAAGAAGAUAAAUACAUCUAUUUUUGUAUUAAGGGUAAAUUAAACACUUUGUAUGAACUUCACCAGAUUGUUUUGUGGCAGACAUUAUGUCGAGUUCAGGCCAAGAGGGCAAAGUCUCUUACCUGCUUGUUGCUUUUAAAUGUACUGUAUAUGUUGUCUGAGUUCCAACUAACAAUUCAAGGUGUUUUCACCUCUGGUGGCAAUGUAUAUUUUUUUACAUUAUGUUGCCUGUGAACUUUUACAAUCCUGUUUGUUGUAAAAUGUAAUGCAAUUAAAGUUUUCCUUGGUAUUGAGAGGUUGUCCUAAAUGCC